GAUGCGCGCCACUUCCGGUCGGGCUCCUAACAACGGGGGAGGCUGGUAACCAAGGUGGGGGGGAUGGCGGAGCGGGCGCUGGAGCCCGAGGCGGAGGCUGAGGCGGGCGCGGGCGCGGGCGGGGAGGCAGCAGCCGAGGAGGGCGCAGCGGGCCGAAAGGCGCGGGGCCGGCCGCGACUCACGGAGUCGGACCGGGCCCGGCGACGGCUCGAGUCCCGGAAGAAGUACGACGUGCGGCGCGUGUACCUGGGCGAGGCGCACGGGCCCUGGGUGGACCUGCGGCGCCGCAGCGGCUGGAGCGACGCCAAGCUCGCCGCCUACCUCAUCUCUCUGGAGCGCGGCCAGCGGAGCGGCCGCCACGGGAAGCCUUGGGAGCAGGUCCCCAAAAAGCCAAAGCGGAAGAAAAGGCGGCGACGCAACGUGAACUGCCUGAAGAACGUGGUGAUCUGGUACGAGGACCACAAGCACCGCUGCCCGUACGAGCCGCACCUGGCGGAGCUAGACCCUACUUUCGGCCUGUACACCACGGCCGUGUGGCAGUGCGAAGCUGGCCACCGCUACUUCCAGGACCUGCAUUCGCCCCUGAAGCCCCUCAGCGACUCAGACCCUGACAGUGACAAAGUGGGCAAUGGGCUGGUGGCUGGCAGCUCUGACUCAUCCAGCUCUGGCUCUGCCUCUGACUCUGAGGAGUCCCCUGAGGGCCAGCCGGUCAAGGCUGUGGCAGCGGCAGCGGCAGCGACGCCCACCAGCCCGGUGGGCAGCAGCGGGCUCAUCACUCAGGAGGGCGUGCACAUUCCCUUUGACGUCCACCACGUGGAAAGCCUGGCCGAGCAGGGUACCCCGCUGUGCUCCAACCCGGCAGGCAGUGGGCCUGAAGCCCUGGAGACAGUGGUGUGCGUGCCGGUGCCUGUGCAAGUGGGUGCGGGCCCCAGCGCCCUCUUUGAGAACGUGCCCCAGGAGGCCCUGGGUGAGGUGGUGGCCAGCUGCCCCAUGCCAGGCAUGGUGCCCGGCUCACAGGUGAUCAUCAUUGCGGGCCCUGGCUACGACGCUCUCACGGCCGAGGGCAUUCACCUCAACAUGGCAGCGGGCAGCGGUGCCCCCGGCAGUGGACUGGGCGAGGAGGUGCCCUGUGCCAUGAUGGAGGGUGUGGCAGCCUACACCCAGACAGAGCCCGAGGGUAGCCAGCCUAGCACCACGGACGCCACCGCAGUAGCGGGCAUCGAGACCAAGAAAGAGAAGGAGGACCUGUGCUUGCUAAAGAAGGAGGAGAAGGAGGAGCCAGUAGCCCCGGAGCUGGCAACGUCGGUGCCUGAGAGCGCAGAGCCCGAGGCAGAGGCGGACGGGGAGGAGCUGGACGGCAGCGACAUGUCAGCCAUCAUCUAUGAAAUCCCCAAGGAGCCUGAGAAGAGGCGGCGGAGCAAGCGGUCGCGGGUGAUGGAUGCUGACGGCCUGCUCGAGAUGUUCCACUGCCCAUACGAGGGCUGCAGCCAAGUCUACGUGGCCCUCAGCAGCUUCCAGAACCACGUCAAUCUUGUGCAUCGGAAAGGAAAGACCAAAGUGUGCCCUCAUCCUGGCUGUGGCAAGAAGUUCUAUUUAUCCAACCACCUGCGGCGGCACAUGAUCAUCCAUUCAGCAUCAGAGUCUGCAGCACAUCAGAGACACCCCAUAGCCCACCGUCCUCAGCCUCGGUCCCCACCGCCCCCAGGUGUCCGUGAAUUCACCUGCGAGACCUGCGGCAAGUCCUUCAAGAGGAAGAACCACCUGGAGGUGCGAGAUCUGUGGCUACCAGUGCCGGCAGCGCGCGUCGCUCAACUGGCACAUGAAGAAGCACACUGCGGAGGUGCAGUACAACUUCACGUGCGAUCGCUGCGGGAAGCGCUUCGAGAAGCUGGACAGCGUCAAGUUCCACACGCUCAAAAGCCACCCGGAUCACAAGCCCACCUGACCCACCUGACCACUGACCGCCCCUAUUUAUUCGUCCGCUCGGACACCACGCCCGGGCUUGCCGGGGCCUGGACAGCUGCGAGGGCCGCCCGACCGCGGGCCGGAAGGAGGCGCCCCCGCCCCGCCCCAGAGCUGGGCCCCCUGGGCAGGUUCCCCACCCCGCCCCACCGCAUCCUUCUCGGAGCUGGUGCCUGGGGCUGCAUUGCUGGAACUGUGUCAAGAGAGCAGAGUGAGAUUAAAGAGCGAGAAAGGAGAUGCCCUUCCCCUAGGCCUGAAUGAUUUGGGGUGCCAGGUCCCUCUCUGUCUCCAGCCUACUUGAUCCCUUCCUAAGCGAGGCGGGGAACGA